AUGGUAUGUACGUGUGUCUGCGUACGAGCAGGGCAUCCGGGCUGUGAUGCGAAGCGGGCUGGCGAAAAGUGGGGGGUUCCGGUCGCUGCGCACGCGCAAAGGGCGAGGGAAGCAGCCAAGAGCGGCCGCGGUGAAAGUGAGAGCGGGCGAAAGCGGGUAUGCGAGGCGGUUCCACAAGGACAAAGGCUUGUAAACGAGAGGCCGGUUGGUAGCGAAGCAAAGAGCGCGUAUAUCCCGCGCAGCAUGGUAGAUACACUCGCACGCGGCUCUCGCACGCCUCACAUGACGGCACACCCCAAGCGAUCUCCCUGCGCUCCCUCUGCGGUGUCGACACCUAUAUCCUUAUCGAGUGUCUCGACCUCCUCUGCGAGGACGGUGACGGCGCGGACCUGCUUGUCGAUCCACCUCGCGGCCAUCUGUAUUCGGCGUCUCUCGCGGCCCGUCUGCGGGCCGGAGAUGGCGAGGUUCCGCCGGGCGGCCUCCUCCAUGUGA